GCUGGUGCACCUAUGGGUGUGUCCUUCCAACGGCACUCCAGCAAGCAAAUAAGGUGUGUUAGUGCAAAUGUGUACGCAAAACAGGGGGCAGGGGCUGGUGGCAAACAGUUUGGGAGGGUGUCCGAGUGUAUAAGAGAGGCCCCACCCUAAAUUCCUUUCUGUCUGUUUCUGCCACCUGAGGAGAAGACGUCGGUGACUUGCACACUACAGAACAGUUGACAUGGAUCUUUCAGAUGCAUUAGGCGGCUCUUGGCCCGGACAGAACAACCCGCAACAGUCGGGACAACCAAACCAGCCAACAUGGCCUGGACAACCAAACCAGCCAACAUGGCCUGGACAGCCCAGCAACCCCACCUGGCCUGGACAACCAAACCAGCCAACAUGGCCUGGACAACCAAACCAGCCAACAUGGCCAGGCCAACCCAGCCAGCCAACAUGGCCAGGCCAACCCAGCCAGCCAACAUGGCCAGGCCAACCCAGCCAACCAGGCCAGCCAGGCCAGCCAAACCAACCAUCCUGGCCUGGUCCACACCCUCCAACCGCUCCGCAGGUUUCCCCUCAAAGACCACUGACUCUGCCAUAUGACCAGAGUAUGCCAAGAGGUGUGUAUGAUAAAUUGCUCAUCACCAUCCUUGGACAUGUCAAGCCCAAUGCCAAAAAAUUCACAGUAAACCUGAGCAAAGGAAAGGAUAUCGCUUUCCACUUUAAUCCACGAUUCGAUGAGUAUGGGACAAAAGUGGUUGUGAGGAACAGCUUGGUAGGAAGUCAGUGGGGCACAGAGGAGAGAAACUGUCCUGGUUUCCCUUUUGUUGCUGGGCAACCCUUUGAGCUGAAGAUCCUCUGCACCAAUAAUGAGUAUAAGGUGGCCGUGAACAAGUCCCACCUGCUGGAGUACAGGCACAGGAUCCGGGACCUCCACAUGAUCACCGGCCUGGGCAUCUACGACGACAUCACCCUUACAGCCGUUAACAUUGAAACUCUACACUGAGGUUUAUACCCAUGACAGGGGUUUGCUUCUACUGACAUAAUGAGGGGGGAUAUUGCAGAUUAUCCUUUUUUUAAUCUGAGAUUUAGGGGGAAAUGGGUGAAAAUCUACAUUCUGUUCGUCCAUUCAUUUACUGGAUGACCCGGAGCCUCCUUACCAGUGGUCUUUGAGGGGAAACCUGCAGAGCGGUUGGAGGGUGUGGACCUCAGCCAUUUUUUCAUAUAUUAUCAUGUUUUACAUCAAUUUUAUAUACAUAGUACAUUUCUAUCAAAGUUCUUUCUAUCAAUAAAUGGCAUACAU